AGUUGCGCAACCCGCCCUGGCUCAGGCUAGCAGAUAAAAGCCCGGGUAGUGAUUGAAAGAGAUGGUAAAAAGGAAUUAGCACAGGCAUAGAGAGCGAGAGAGAGAGAGAGCGAGAGAUAGAGAUGAGCGAGAGAGAGAUAGAGCGAGCGAGAGAGAGAGAGAGAGCGAGCAAGGGGGAGAUUUUCCACAAAGCUUUUUUUCUUUCUGCGCUUGAACAUCCCGGAUAAAGCUGAGCUUGUAAAGUGGGAAAGUACGAGCACCAGACCUUCCUCAACGUCAAUAUUUUCUUACUUUUGAUACUCUUUCAAGCCGGAAUUCACGCUUUCGCUUUUUUUCUCCAACUCCCAUUUCCAGAUCUAGGACACGGUCAUCCGUGGUGUAAUAAAAAAGUAACAGGCACGAGAAAAAAGUAACAAGGAGACCGCAUCAGAUAACCAGAGUGGAGUACAGUAGCCAACACCACCGCGGGAGCCGGGUAGUGAAUGGAGCCGUGCGGGGCUUAUGGCAGAGGGGCGUUCGUAUAAUAAUGGGACACGGAGUGGCUCUCCCAGAUGAACCUUCGAAGACUAUCACUGAGGCAAGGUGCCGGACCGGGGCAUCACGACCUGAUGGAUGUAUCUAAGUACGUCGUCACCUCAUCCUCCCUCGUAGCGGACAGCUCUUGUCUCUCCCAGCGGAAAAGGACCUCUGAAGUAUGGAUUUGUUCUGCUGAUAUCCCAACGACCCCUACCGCCACCACCACAGCACUGGCACCACUAUGGUUGAAGUAGAUGUGAAGUUUCAUAGUGACAUUCGCCUCCCCCUGGUCAAUUUUUUGUCCGUCUUUUCCAAACCAGGCGUCAAAACAAUAAAGUGUCAUUUCCUAAAGAAGCCGUGAUUAUUUGUGUGUCCACUUCUAUUGAACGGCUCUACAGUUAUUUAUCUUAGUGCAUUUGUAUUUGUUUUCCCUCAUCACUGAACCGUCCCCUAUCGCUCAGUUGAGCACGUAGACUCAUCAUGGUGAUGCCAAAGUUACUUUCUGUCUCUGUAUGAUCCCUAGUCGCGUUCCAUGCUUUUCGCCCAAGCUCUGACUACCGUGGCCUCUCUUGCCCUUCACCGCCAAACCCCACUCAUCGUCAGACCCCGCUCGUGGCUUUCCCAGGACCUGCCAUGCUCUGUCAGGCCGUGUUGCUCCUCCUGCACUGCUUCGCCUCUUUGACACUGGGCCAGUACGACCUGUGCAAGUCCCUGGUGAGCACGGACGAUGGCGCGGUGUGGGAGCAGUAUGCAUGCCAGCCCAAGGCCCAGUCCAUGAAGGACUACAUGCGGGUCAAGGUGGACCCACCAGGCAUCACCUGUGGGAACCCACCUGAGAGAUUCUGCACUCUGGAGAACCCGUACCUGUGCAGUGAUGAGUGUGAUGCCUCCAACUCGGACCUGGCCCACCCUCCCCAGCUGAUGCAGGACCGCGAGCGCACAGGCCGCAUCACCUACUGGCAGACAGUUACAUGGUCCCGUUACCCAGAACCCCUCUUGGCCAACAUAUCCCUGGCCUGGAACAAGAGCCUGGAGUUGACCGAUGACAUCGCCAUCACCUUCGAGUACGGCCGUCCCACCAUCAUGGUGCUGGACAAGUCCAUGGACCAUGGUCGCACUUGGCAAUCCUACCAGUUCUACGCCGAUGAUUGUCUAGAUGCCUUCAACAUGCCGCCGAAGCUUGUCCGUGACCUGUUGCCUGCAAAUAUUACCCGUGUCAUCUGCACUGAGCAGUUCUCACGCUGGGUGGGGUCGAAGAACGAUAAGAAUGUGAAGUUCGAGGUUCGUGAACGUUUUGCGGUGUUUGCCGGACCGAGGUUGCUCAACAUGGACAGCUUGUACACGCGCAUGGAGAGUAUGAAGGGCUUGAGGGACUUCUUUACCUUCACUAACCUCCGGCUGAGGCUGCUCCGGCCAGCCCUGGGGGGAACGUACGUGCAGAGAGACAACCUGCUCAAGUACUUCUACGCUAUCUCCAACAUUGAGGUGCCCGCCAGGUGUAAGUGUAACCUACAUGCAUCGCUGUGCCUGCUGCAGGAGGGAGACCUCCAGUGUCAGUGUGAACACAACACCACGGGACAGGACUGUCAGCGCUGCAAGAAGGGCUUCAAAGCCAAGUCCUGGAAGGCUGGCUCAUACCUGCCCACACCCAACGGAUCCCCCAACACCUGUGCAGUCGCUGGUGCCCCCAUGGGCGGUGGUUCUAACUGUGAGUGCUACGGCCACUCUAACCGCUGCAGCUACAUAGACUACCUGAACAUCGUGACGUGCGUCAGCUGCAAGCACAAUACCAGAGGACAGAACUGCCAACACUGCAGACUGGGAUACUUCAGAAACGCGUCCGCCGAACUAGACGACGAGGGUGUCUGCAUCGAGUGUAACUGUAACCAGAUGGGUUCUGUCCAUGACCGGUGUAAUGGAACAGGCUUCUGCCAGUGUAAAGACGGCGCUACGGGGCCCAAGUGUGAUGACUGUUUCCCUGGGUACUACUGGAAACAAGGCUGUUACUCCAACGUGUGUGACGAAGAACUGCUCCUAUGUCAGAACGGCGGGACGUGCUCCCAGAACCAGAAGUGUAUCUGUCCCCCAGAGUUUAAGGGCAUGCUGUGCCAACAGUCACGCUGCGAGGGGGACAAGGCCUGCAACACAGCCUGUACCCCCCACCUCCUCGCCCCCCUACUGCUCUGUGUCCUGCUACCCCACCUUCUGGCCACUUUAACUGCACACUGAGUCACCUGCUGCCCCCUCAAACACAGGGGGAACUGUUGUGUGUGUGGAUCCUUAGAGGAGGUUAGGUUGGGAAAGGUCUGCAAAUACACACCCACCCACACACACACACCUCACUGACUCGGGGAACGUGUGAGAGUAAAACAAGAGAAUGACUUCAGAGAGAACAGAGGAAGGUGGAGGAAAAUCAUACAACCAAACCCCCCGUCUCUCUCCCUUUAAUCUUGAGCUGGAGGAAUCUCGAUUUCAUACCAAAAAGCAUAAUUAUUAUUAAACGAGCAAACGACUGUUCGUUUAACACUUUAAAUCACUACUGUUCACUAUGAAGAAAAGGGAGGAAUUGCUGAUGUAACACAAGUACAUUUCCUUUGUCUUAAUUCAUUGAAUUAAUGUGCCCCUCUUCUCGAGACCCUGCACUUACUGCUCCAGACAGACAGACGGGGAGUGUGUUUGGCUAGACUUGGGGAGGGCUGGGCUGGGAGCAGAUUUGCUGCUGAGGUCUAUGUAGAAUAUACUGUAAACCAGGUUUCACAUCUUCGACUCAAAAUUACAGACUUGUUUUCACCUUUGACAUUUUUUUUAUUUCAUCUUCUUCAGUUGUUAUUGUAUGUUAUGUGCCCACCGACAGACGCUGAGAUUAUACAUCAUUAUUACAAUAUCCAGAGGGUUAUCAAUAUUAAGAUUUUAGUCACUAUAAUGGUUGUUAUAGGAAUGAGUCGCCACAGUUUAGCAAGAUUUUAUCUUCACACAGUAUUCAGGAGUAAAACAGAAUUUAAACUUAUCAGUCUGAAAGAAGAGAAAAAAAGAAAAGUAUCAAUAUAAUAUGACAUUAUUUGAAUAGUUUUGUAGAGAUUAUUUUUGUUUGAAGUUAUAAUAAUAAAUGAACUAUUCCAGAUGAGCAUUUUAUUACACUGUAAACUUCACAGUAAAUGUGUGCUAUUUGUUUUUACUUGUACAUUCUUUCAAGAGAACAAAUGUGUCACGACCAAAACGGUCAGUUGGAACUACUCCAGUGGAAGUGUCUAGGUUGCAGAAAAGUACAAAAAGAUGACCUCAUUUAUUGGUAGGGGAGUGGGGUAAGUUGAGCCACCCCUUACUUCUAGGAAACCGUACACAAAAUGAAUCAUGUGACCAAAUAUCUAGAAAGAGGGCAUCAUUUCAUAGAGUCUGUGAAGGAAACAUCCACAUGGAAAAAAUGGUAAGUAAGUUAAGUAAAAUAAAAAAUAGAUUGUCUCAAAGUCA